AUGAAGAUCCUCAUCCUGAAUUUGCUAUGGCUGGGCUGCGUGCUAUUCGCUUCAGGCGCCCACGUCAAGUGCUCCGGAAACCCGGCCCAACGACUGGUGCCAUUUCCGCUUGGUCCCGACGGCGAGAAAUACAGCGAAGAGUGGUGGCAUUACCGCAAAAGGCUGUGCGGCGACGACUAUAUCGUCUUCAAGGACUCGAUCUGCUCCCCGCAACCCCCGGAUCCUCCCGUGUCGCGGCUGCACGGCCAUCUAACCGAUGACGCGGACACGAUUUCAACAAUGCUAUUGCAGAGGUAUGCAACGACGGGC